AUGUAUUUUUCACAAGGUCGUCUUGUUCAUACGCAUAUGUUCGUUGUUCAUUCACAAAAAUUAGGAAUAAGAAAGAAUGACGAUAUCCAAUUCAACGAAUAUCUGGAAGAACUCGUUCCAGUCACUUUACCAGCUGAAGCUGAAUUUGGAAAGAUAGUUCCCUACUUGCUCAGUUGGAUGGCAGCAGAGCCUGAUGAAGUUCAAGGUACAAAAGAGCAGGCCACUGUUAAACCCGGCGGUUUGCUGAGAGCAUGGAAACCAGCUAAACUAAAUUGUAUUACAUUAGAAGGAGCAAUCGAUCCGAAUACCUGA